AACUCGAUCGAUCUCAGCAGCAACACAUUCUUCUACACGGCCUAGUAUCCUCCUUAACCCUAAUUAUGGCCGAUGGUCGUUGGUCGGAUCUUCCUAUGGACAUAUUAAGUUCUGUGUUGGAACGUUUGAGUUUUGUCUAUUUCAACCGCGCUAAGAUGGUAUGUUCGCAUUGGUAUCUGUGUUCCAAACAAACCUCGCCACAAAAAAGCGGAUCUCCAAUGCUUAUUAUGUGUCUAGAGGAUGGUGGUUGUGGUCUAUACCACCCGAAGGAAGCUAGGGUUUACAAAACGAAGGGAGACUUACCAAAGAUUAAAUUCUUGGCAAACUCAGGUAACUGGUUCUUGGUUCUGGAUUCUAAUAAAUCCAGUCUCUAUAUUAUAGAUAUACUUAGCCAGAAAAAGAUGGAUCUUCCACCUCUAGAGUCGAUCAAAGGUUGCCAAUAUAAGGUUAAGAGGGUCGGACAUAAAACAUUCAAGGAGGUAGGAACCCGUGGCUCUGUCAUCCAUAAAGCGAGACAUCUGAGAGGUCUUUUGUGGGUAGACAAGAAGAAGGAAGAGUUCGUUGUUGUAUGGUACUUCCAUAGGAUCAAGUAUAUGACUGAGUAUUUAGCCUUUUGCAAGAAUGGGGAAAAUCAUUACCAUGAGAUUCCAGCAAGCUUACAAGACGUGUCUGAUAUGGUACUACCUUGUGGUGACAGUCUUUACGUCUUAACGACUAGUAAUCACAUUCGAAAACUCACAUUCACAUACAAAGAAGGUUUCAAGGAUAUUUUGGCACCAUUUUGUUUGCCAUCUCUUCCGACUGGAUUAUAUCAUGAUGAUGAGUGUCGCUAUAACAUUGCUGUUAGACCAUCAGGAGAAAUUUUGGUUGUCAUGAGCAUCUUUUACGGGUCUUCAAGGCCUUGGAUGCUUCUUCUUGAGUCUUCAAGGCCUUGGAUGUUUCUUCUUUACAAGAAGAACCCUUAUCGAGUCCCGGAUAAUCGUUUGCUUGUUAAGGUAGAUUCUUUAGGUGACGAGGCUCUGUUUCUGGAUUUGGGUAUCACCGUGCCUGCUAAUCGUGACCUUGGUAUCGAACCAAACUCUAUCUAUUUCUCUCGCACUCGCCAUGCUUUCUCUUUCCAGAAAAGUUCAAGCCUUUACGUAUGUGUGUUCAACAUCGCAACAAAGACCUUCAAACGUUUCCCGGGUUUCUUCAACAUAAAGCUCGAGGGUGCUCGAUGGUUCCUUCCGUCUUGAUGAUUCGUUUCUUUCUGCAUGCCUUUUGUGGUGUUUCUUAAG